GCUGCGCCCAGUUGCAAUCACAAGCAGUUCUGCUGUCGUCGAGUGAUCAUCGGGGCUGCCCCCGCGCGCGGAGUUUGGUGCUUUAGUUCGUGUGCUGUCGCGUCGAGGGCCGCAGUUCCCGUGCGCGUUUGUUGACGUCGUCUUUGGCGUAGUGCGAUAGGCCAGGGUGCCUUACAAUCCAGUGCAAGUGCGCAGUGCAGCCCGGAGUCGGGGGUUAUGGUACGCACCCCUGCCAACAACAACAUCGACACCAGCAGGAUGGACCACCACUACUUGAACAUGGGAGGGCCCCUGCAGCAGCAGGCGGGCCAGGCGGACGCCAAGAAGAGGCCUCUCUUCCUGGACUUGAACAAGCCCAUUGCCAAGAAGGGGCGCUUCGCUAACAUUGGCCAGCCAGUGUUGUCGUCUCCAGACCUCCACAAGCUGAAGCUUGGAUCACCUGAUUUGGAGAAGUUUAUCAUGGGAAAUGGUACUCUGACAACAGCGACACCAACCCCCAACACCGCUUCGAUCCUCUUUCCGCAACAGCCUGUAACUGAAGAGCAGGAGUUGUUCGCCAAAGGUUUCGCAGUGGCCCUCAACGUUCUUCAGCAUAGUGAUUCGAGUCAAGGAGGAACCCACAUGGACAACAUGGAUAGCAUGGACAACAUGGAUGGUGGAGAUACGAGAUUUGAGAGCUCCUCCAGCAACGAUUCCUCUGAAGACUUUGCCGGGGAGAAUAGUCAAGGAGCUUCAUACUCAGGCGGUUACGGGAUGUUGAAAGAAGAACAGAGAGUGCCUAGUCUAGGAGGAUCUUCACCACCUAUGUCACCAAUCAACAUGGAAUCUCAGGAGAAAAUCAAGCUGGAACGUAAACGUCAAAGAAAUCGUCUGGCUGCAAGCAAGUGCCGUAAAAGGAAGUUAGAGAGGAUCGCGAAGCUGGAGGACAAGGUGAAGCUUUUGAAAGGUGAAAACACGGACCUUAGUGCACUGGUUAAUAGGCUUAAGCAGCAGGUUUGCCACCUUAAGGAACAAGUAAUUGAACAUGCCCAACAUGGUUGUGAAAUUGGACCCGCCCAGUAUGGUCUGCAAUAAUCAUAGGCUUUUUUUUUUUAAAAAAAAAACAAA